AUUUGAGAACACACCACUGAACGAUGAUCGGGCUGCAGAGAUCAACAGAAUACACCAAAGAAUGUAUUUCUAAAACGAAUCAGAGAAACAGAGACAGUGUCUUGGGGACUACGUUAGUGAUCUAUCUCCUCCGUUGCUGCGAAUCCAAGAAGGCGACAAGGAGUGUAUGAUAGUCUCCCUUGUGCCGGAGAGGAAGCUGUCGAGUGCGUGUUGAGGCUGAAUCGACGUCGAGAUCAGAUAGAUCUUGAAAUCGCCAUCUCUGUCGCUAUCUCGAGAGCGGCUAGGGCUUCGUUUUUUUAUUUUUAUAGCAUUAUGCUUAUUAUUUGUUAGUAUUUUCUGAUUUAUAUUCAAAAUAAUUAUAAUCAAAAUUUUCAUCACAUAGUUGUGUACUAUUUAUAAUAGAGAAAAUACAUGUUCUCUUAUGUUUUUUUUUUUUAGUACUGACCUUGUGACAUUACAAAACUUGUAUACGCCACAAAAUUAAUUAUAUUACAAUAUGAUUUGAUGGGAAAUGAUUGUAGAAGACUAAAUAUAAAUGGUAUAACUAUAAUAUAAAUCUUUUGAGUACAGUAAAACUAAAAAUAAUGCAAAAAAUAGAAAAUUAAAACUUUGAAGCUUUUUGUAAAACUACAAACUUGGUAAAAUUUCGACCCUAAAAAUGCUGUAAAAAAUUUUCCUGCCCAAAUUUCAGAAUUUUUCCUCUCAAAAUUUUCUUUUUUUUCAGACCUCAAAAACAAAGUUGGUAACUAUAAUUGCUUUAAUUUUUAGGGUAUCUCAUUUCUACUAUCUUCUCAAUUCUCUCAACCCAUUUUCUCUCAUCCCAUUUCUCAUUUUUCAUCUUUCUUCACCUAAUCUGCAAUUUUCAAGUUUUUUUUCUAGAAAAUAGUGGUCAAUCAAGAGUCAAAACUCUGAAGCUACCUAUUAAGUGUUGAUGCAGCGGCGAGGGUAUCAUCGAGAAGUUCUCCAAAUCUGAUCCAAAUUCUUAUUUCCAAUACUAUUGAUGUCUUUGUGUGGUUUCUCAAAUGACCAUGCAGAUUAAUAACCCAAUAAUGAAGAAAAGUAUUGAUAGUUGUAUGUUGUCUUAUUCCUACUGUCAUGGUAUUUAUGAGAUUUUGGUUAUACAGUUAAUCAUAACUUCUAUCAAAUUAGUUCAGUGACGAGUUUUUUUUUUUAAUUUUCGAAUUUUAACAAAUGAAAAACAAAAAUUCUGACAAAGUUUACUGAAUUGUACAAAAAGAAAAAAAAAUACUAAGUUAUACAAAGUUUGACGUACGAAAAUGGAAAACUUUGGCAAAUUUUUACCUAAUUACACAAACAUGAAAAGAAAAAAAGUAAUACUAAAUUUUACGAAGUUUGACAAACAAAAAUGAGAUACUUAACCAAAGUUAUCCUAAGUUACACCAAGUUCUACGAACAUAAAUAACAAACCAAGUAACAUAAACACAAACAACAAAUUUAGUGUGUUAAAAGAAGAAGUUCUAUUUCUUAAGGCAAUUAUGAAGAUUGAGAAACCCUAUAGUGCAAGGAAAAUAAUGAUAGUUCUAUGUUGUCUUAUUUCUAGUAGUUGAAAGAAUUUGGAUGUAUAACUAAUCAAAAUUUGUAUCACCUUAACCAAAUUUACACAAACACUAAAAUAAAGUAAUAAUAAGUUUGACAAACAAAAAUAUGAAACUUUAAUAAGUUUUUACCGAAUUCAACAAACACAACACAAAGUAAUCUCAAGAUCUACAAAGUGACAAACAAAAAUGGAGAACUUUCGCAAAAUUAAACCGAGUUACAUAAAUAUAAAUGACAAAAUUUUAUUACAAAAACCUGUAUUGGUUGACAACUAUUGGUUUUUUUUCUUUGUCACUUGUAUUAGUUACCAAUGGUUGAUUUGUUCUUCAUUGCUUCUUUCUCGCUUUACUCAUCUCCAUGAUAAUUUUUCUCCAUAUUACUUCUAUUAUCAUUCUCUACACACUCUUAUCCACAUUCUUUUUUCAUCUCUCCACUACCUAAACCACCAUCAUUCUCACUUUACUCCAUGUCUCUAUUAUCAGAGGUCAGAUAGUUUCAUUUUUGUCCUUUGUAAGCAACACUUCAUAAAAAAACAUAACUAUCAAAUUAAGUCAUCAUCAUAAAAUUCACAAAGUAUUACUAAGUUAUAUAAUCUAAACUAUUUAAAGUUUUACUAAGUUGUACAAAGUUUUAUAGUUAUAUCAAACUCAACGUCAUAUAGUUAUAUCAAAAUCAACAUCAUAUUCUUAAUUUGUUACCGAAAGAUGGCUAGUGGGCAAAUAAGCCCUUUUAUAAAUCCAUGCCAAUUUUUUUUUUUUAUUCAUGCCAAAAUUUGUUUAACAAGCACCCACCAACUACACAUAAUAAGCCUAACUUCCCAUGAAAAUUAACUCGAACGGAGGUGUAGUCACAUAUGCUUGGAAAAGAAUAUCCUGAAACAUGGUGGCCAAUAAAUAGAAGAAGUAAAGGAGAGAGGGCCCUCUGACUUCGAGGCUUCUCACUACUUGCCUCUCUUUGUGCUGACGUGUACUUACCUCCCUUAUUUAAUUCAGUUUAUUCAUCUUCACAAAUCAAAAUUCUCUUCUUCUAACUCUUCUAUAUCUUCUUCUCCCGUUCUCAAGUUCUCUCUGCAACCAAAUUAAGCAAAAAUGCUUCAUCAAGAAGAUCCCAUGGCUGAUCGCAUCAACACGGCCACCCCGUUGUUAACUGAUCAUGAAGGUGGAGGAAAUGAUAGAGGAAGGAGAAGCUCAUCUUGGGUUCAAAAACUGAUAGACGUAGAAGAAUCAAAGGCUCAGAUUAUGUACUCUCUUCCAAUGAUAUUCACAAAUCUUUUCAUCUAUUGCAUCCCUUUAACCUCUGUGAUGUUUGCUUCUCACCUCGGCCAACUCGAGCUCGCUGGUGCAACCCUCGCCAAUUCUUGGGCCACCGUCACCGGUUUUGCCUUCAUGACAGGGUUAAGUGGAGCACUUGAGACAUUAUGUGGUCAAGGCUUUGGUGCAAAAAGCUACAGAAUGUUGGGGAUUCAUCUACAAUCAUCUUGCAUAGUAUCAUUAGUCUUCACCAUCCUCAUCUCCAUCUUCUGGUUCUUCACAGAACCGGUUUUCGGACUAAUUGGACAAGAUCCCAAUAUCUCAAGACAAGCUGCACUCUAUAUGAAAUACCAAGCUCCCGGUCUACUCGCUUACGGGUUCUUACAGAGCAUUGUGAGGUUUUGCCAAACACAAUCCAUCGUUACUCCACUAGUCAUCUUCUCGUUUGUUCCCCUGGUGAUUAAUAUUGGUAUCGCAUAUGUUCUGGUCUAUUUAGCUGGCCUUGGAUUCAUUGGUGCUCCAAUAGCUACAUCUAUAUCAUUGUGGAUCGCUUUCCUUUCUCUUGGAACUUAUGUGAUCUGUUCAGACAAUUUUAAGGAAACGUGGACCGGAUUUUCAUUAGAACCAUUCAGUUAUGUAGUCAUAAACUUGACAUUGAGCCUCCCUUCUGCUGCUAUGGUAUGUUUGGAAUAUUGGGCGUUCGAGAUACUUGUGUUCUUGGCAGGUUUGAUGCCUAAUCCAGAAAUCACCACCUCUUUGGUAGCUAUAUGCGUCAACACGGAGUCCAUUAGCUACAUGUUAACAUAUGGACUUAGCGCAGCUGCAAGCACGCGUGUGUCCAAUGAACUUGGAGCAGGAAAUGUACAAGGCGCAAAGAAGGCGACUUCUGUAACCGUUAAGCUGUCUUUAGUCCUUGCUUUUGGUGUAGUGCUUGCUUUACUUGUAGGUCAUGAUGGUUGGGUUGGGUUAUUCAGCAAUAGUCCUGUCAUCAAAGAAGAGUUUGCAUCAUUGAGAUUCUUUCUUGCUGCCUCUAUAACUCUUGAUUCAAUCCAAGGUGUUCUAUCAGGAGUGGCCAGAGGAUGCGGAUGGCAACGUGUAGUCACACUUAUAAAUCUGGGAACUUUCUACCUAAUUGGAAUGCCUAUUGCAGCCUUUUGUGGUUUUAAGUUGAAGUUGUAUGCCAAGGGUUUGUGGAUUGGUAUGGUAAGUGGGAUAUUUUGCCAAUGUUCAUCACUCUUGCUUAUGACAAUUUUCCGGAAGUGGAAAAAGCUAGAUACUCCGGUCUGAAGAUUUAUGUCGUUGUGGACAAGAUUAACAAUAUUAUUGUUUUUUACUAUUUUUGAAGUUUCUUUUUUCAAAAUUUUCUCUGUUCCGGAUAAUUUUUUCGGCUAGACAUUUAAUAAAAAUGUAUAUUUUUUUAAAAAAAAUUGGAGCAUAUAUACCAGAAUCAAUGUUUUAUUAGGUGUAUACAAAACCUGUCCUGGUUGGAAUUAAGAAAAAUGGUCCUCAAAUUGGGACCGUGGUCUGAAUAUCGCUGAUCACUCGAAACUUAUCUUUCAAACUCAACUUCUUCUAGAAAACCCUCAAAUACUUUGGACUGGUCCUCAAAUAGUAGACAAAUACACAUAAAGAACUAAAGAAGGUUAUACUGUGGGGGUUGAAUGCACUUUGAUCGGUAAGUAAGCGGAUAAAAUUGCAAAACGAAAAAAAACAUUAAGGGUUCGACUCCAAUUACUAAUUAGCGAUCAUUAUAAUAAUGGUAGGAAUGAAGAGGAAAAAAUGAAUAGAAACAAAAUAAGAAGAAUGAAAAAAGAAU